AUAAAAGGGGCGGAGAGCGGGUGUACCCCUGUGGUUUCGGGGGGAUAGGAACUACAAUUCCCGGAAGGCUGUGCGGCCCAGAGCCGGGGGCCUUGGGGAGGGGGCGGGCUUAUUAGUUUCCGAGCGGUGGGGAAUCUGCCCCAGCCGGGUGUAGGUUACUGUCCGGGCGGGAGGGGCGGCCCGGUGGGGGUCGUGCCUCCUGGAGCCGCCCCGGGACGUGAGUCCUGGAGGAGGCGCGGGUUGCUUCAGUUGCUGAGAAGACUAUGAACAAGUCAGAGAACUUGUUCUUUACCGGUUCCUCAUUAGCAUCCCAAGUUCAUGCUGCUGCUAUUAAUGGAGAUAAAGGCGCUCUACACAGGCUCAUCAUAGGAAAUGCGGCCCUGAAAGACAAAGAAGAUCAGUUUGGGAGAACACCCCUCAUGUACUGUGUGUUGGCUGACAGACUGGACUGUGCAGAUACUCUCCUGAAGGCAGGAGCAGACGUUAAUAAAACUGACCACAGCCGAAGAACAGCCCUCCAUCUUGCAGCUCAGAAGGGAAAUUAUCGUUUCAUGAAACUCUUACUCACACGCAGAGCAAAUUGGAUGCAGAAGGAUCUGGAAGAGAUGACUCCUUUGCACUUGACCACCCGGCACAAGAACCCCAAGUGUUUAGCACUUCUGCUGAAGUUUAUGGCACCAGGAGAAGUGGAUACACAGGAUAAAAACAAGCAAACAGCUCUGCAUUGGAGUGCCUACUACAACAACCCUGAGCACGUGAAGCUGCUCAUCAAGCAUGAUUCCAACAUUGGGAUUCCCGAUGUCGAAGGCAAGAUCCCACUUCACUGGGCAGCCAACCACAAAGAUCCGAGCGCCGUUCAUACAGUGCGAUGCAUUUUGGAUGCUGCUCCAACGGAGUCUUUACUGAACUGGCAAGACUAUGAGGGUCGGACACCUCUUCACUUUGCCGUCGCUGAUGGGAAUGUGACCGUGGUUGAUGUCUUAACCUCGUAUGAAAGCUGCAAUAUAACAUCAUAUGAUAACUUAUUUCGAACCCCACUUCACUGGGCAGCUUUACUAGGCCAUGCACAGAUUGUUCAUCUCCUUUUAGAAAGAAAUAAGUCUGGAACCAUCCCAUCCGACAGCCAAGGAGCAACACCUUUGCACUAUGCAGCUCAGAGUAACUUUGCUGAAACAGUUAAAGUCUUUUUAAAACAUCCUUCAGUAAAAGAUGAUUCAGACCUCGAAGGAAGAACAUCCUUUAUGUGGGCUGCUGGGAAAGGCAGUGAUGAUGUCCUUAGGACCAUGUUGAGUUUAAAAUCUGACAUUGAUAUCAACAUGGCAGACAAGUAUGGAGGUACAGCUUUACAUGCUGCUGCCCUUUCUGGCCACGUCAGCACCGUGAAGUUAUUAUUGGAAAAUAAUGCUCAAGUAGAUGCUACUGAUGUCAUGAAACAUACUCCACUUUUCCGAGCCUGUGAGAUGGGACACAAAGACGUGAUUCAGACACUUAUUAAAGGUGGAGCAAGGGUAGAUCUAGUUGACCAAGAUGGACAUUCUCUUCUACAUUGGGCAGCGCUGGGAGGAAAUGCUGAUGUUUGCCAGAUAUUGAUAGAAAAUAAGAUCAAUCCAAAUGUGCAGGAUUACGCAGGAAGAACCCCUUUGCAGUGCGCUGCUUAUGGGGGGUAUAUCAACUGCAUGGCUGUGCUCAUGGAGAACAACGCAGACCCUAACAUUCAAGACAAAGAGGGGAGAACAGCUUUGCACUGGUCCUGUAACAACGGGUACCUUGAUGCCAUUAAACUGCUGCUAGACUUCGCCGCUUUUCCUAAUCAGAUGGAAAACAACGAAGAGCGGUACACUCCCCUUGAUUAUGCUCUGCUCGGCGAGCGCCACGAAGUGAUCCAGUUCAUGUUGGAGCACGGCGCCCUGUCCAUUGCAGCUAUCCAGGACAUCGCCGCCUUCAAAAUCCAAGCUGUCUACAAAGGCUACAAGGUCAGGAAAGCUUUCCGAGACCGGAAGAACCUCCUCAUGAAGCAUGAGCAGUUGAGAAAAGAUGCUGCUGCCAAGAAGCGAGAGGAAGAAAACAAGCGAAGAGAGGCCGAGCAGCAGAAGGGAAGGCUGAGUCCAGAUUCCUGCAGGCCCCAUGGCCCUCCCUGUCUGCCCAGCACCCAGGCUGAGCCCCGCAGGCAGAGUGGGGACCCCCACCAGCCUCCCACCAGCAACGUGGCCCAGAGCCCCGAGCAGAGAACCUGUGGAGGGUCUCCAGGCAGAGCCCCCCAGAAGGAGCAGCAUCUUUCCUCAGACUUACAGGGAACAGAGCCCAGAAAGCCAGACGAAACAUCCAGAGAACCUUCUAAAGGCCGAUCUGCCUGUGUCCACUUCAGCCCUGCUGAAGGCAGUGAUGGAAACAGGUGUCCAGGAGUCCCCUCUGCUGAGAAGCCCAGAGGUGAGACGGUUGGCGAGCAGCGGUGUGACAAGGGGAAAGGCUUCUCGAAGCAGCCCUCCUAUGUCAGGGUGGCUGGGCCUGAGGAGAAAGGAGAGGACCCCGGCUGGGCAGCUGCAAGCCUCCCCCAGCAGGACGGCCACCGGAAGCCCAGCAGGCGGCAUGACACAGCCCCCAAGGCCAAGGGUGUCUCCCAGAAAAGGCGCGUUCAGGAGCUCAGAGGAGGAAGGUGCUCCCCAGCUGGGUCUAGCCGGCCUGGCAGUGCCAAAGGGGAGGCAGGCCAUGCCGGGCAGAAUCCGCUCCACCAUCGGACACCGAGAAACAAGGUGACACAGGACAAGCUCGAAGGAGAGAACUACUCAGAUCUGCCACAGAGGACAGAGGUGUUGAGGCCAGGAGUCAGGAAGCUGGGGACAUCGACCCUGGCUGAGAAUGGUCAGACACCCAAGGGGACUGACCCAGCUCCUGGGCCUCUCUCUGGGCAGAGCGUGAAUAUCGACCUUCUCCCUGUAGAGCUGCGGCUGCAGAUAAUCCAGAGAGAGAGAAGCAGGAAAGAGCUAUUUCGCAAAAAGAACCAGGCGGCCGCAGUCAUCCAGCGGGCCUGGAGGAGCUACCAGCUCAGGAAGCAUCUGUCCUACCUUCUGCGUAUGAAGCAGCGUGGAGCCAGAGAUAUGGACAGGUGGCACAGAGAGUGCAUGGCAUUGCUCCUCCGGGUCUGGAGGAAGGAACUGGUACUAAACCCCCCAAAGACCACUGCAGUAAGCAGGACCGCCAAGAAUCCAUCCAAGAGCAGCUCGGGCACAAAGUCCACCAGGCACUCAGUGCUCAAGCAAAUCUACGGUUGUUCUCAAGAAGGGAAAGUGCAUCAUCCCACAAGAUCUUCAAAAGCCCAUUCUGUGCUGCAUCUCAACUCAGUGAGCAACUUGCAGUGUAUACACCUUCUUGAGAACAGUGGAAGAUCAAAGAAUUUUUCUUAUAACCUGCAAUCAGCCACUCAAUCAAAAUACAAAACAAAGCCUUGACUGCCUAUGAAGGAAGACUGUGUCCGGAAUAGCUAGUACAUAGCUAAUUCUCUGCUGAUUUUCUUUUACAUCUUGGGAGAACUUGAAUAUCUGUGCCUGAAGCCUUGUUAGCCUGAAAAUGUGACAACUGAAAGAAAACGUCGGAAUUUCUUCCUGCUCUUAGCCAGCACUGUUUGGAUAUUAUUGUAACCUGUGCUAGGAAGGCCAGGGUAGACUAUGCCUAUGCAAAACUGCCUAGCUGUCUGCCUCCACCUAGAAAGGAGAAUGUAUAACUCAGUCAAGUCCAAGUAAAACUAAGAACACGGGGGCUGCUGGUUGGGAUUCCUGCCAGCCAGUUGGUGCAGGCCUGCUUUUUUGGCGUCAGUGAAGAACCUAAAUGAGAUGGGGAGGAGCCUGUCCUACAGUAGCCACCUUCAUUUCACUAUUUUCCUGGAAUCUCAUCCAACAAAUUUCAUUACAGACACCACAUCCUAUUAUUCCAACAUUAUCAGUUUUAAGUUUUAGACCAGGAUCAUGAUCUAGUGUUUGCUUUUGGAAAUUAUCUGUAAGACCACAGUAGGUGCUCUGUUCACUGCUGUUGGCCCUUACACUUUACAGUUCGUGUUAGCCGCUGAAAGCCACAGGCUGCUACGCCCUCCUAUGAACGGAGGUACUGGUAUCACACGACACCAAGGAAAUCAGCCAGACCAUUGAUGCACAAGAUAUAGACUCAGGCCUUAACAUUCCACUUGCAUUUUCUGAUCAACCUGCAGAGGCGAGCAAUCAUAUCAAAAUGCCAUUCCUGUGCCAUUCUGCUAACUACACAGAGCUAAGAAUACCUGGUUUAAAUGAAAUCUAGUGAUGGAGGGCUUUUUCACUUUUUUAAGGGCAAAGCUAAUAUAGGAAUGUAGACAGGCAUAAACAGGGACAUGGUAGGCUCACAUGUACUUCUAGGACUGCUUCCAUUUUCUUAAGGUUACUGUUGCCCUUGUCCUGACAGUAAGAGAUAGGAAGCAAUAAAAUGUUAAUUCCCUUGAUUUUUUAAAAGUUUGCUAAUUAAAUUAUUUCAUGAUUAGAAAAAUGAAUAUAUCAUAGAAAUCACGAUAUACAGCUGGUAAUUUCUGAAGAACUAUAAUAAGUUAGAAAAUCAUUAGUAGAAAAUCACUUUGAAAGUAAUUGUCGUAAUCAGACCAACCACCAUUUAGGUAUAGGAAAAUCUAAAACAACUGUAGCACUGUCUUAAAAUCUUGCUCCUGCACUGAGGGCUUCAGAACCUCUGUAAAUAACAACUCCCUAGUGAGAAGCUCAUGUCAUCAUGGAUAAGAUAACCACCCCCAAACGAAACAAAAACUGGUUCCUGUUGCUACUGAAUAAACUGGAACUGAGAACAUAAAAAA